CAGCAUACGCCGGCUCCUAACAGCGCACGCCGACAGUAAAAAGACAUCGCUACCCUCACAUUCAUUACUCAGCUCCCCGCUCCCCUCGACGUUCGAACAAACCCUAACUUCUCCCUGUUUUUGUCCACCGCCGCCGCCAUUGAAUGCAGCUUCAGCACUGCAAUGGCGUUUCAGGGGAAGAAUCGCCAGGUCCUCGAGGUCGAUCCGGCGGACGAUCCUACAGCUGAGGUGGCCACCGCCUUCGAUCGUCUCUCCGUUUCGCCCAUCCCCAAUCCGUCUGCAUCUGCCGCCGUCGUUCAGGUCUGUUCUCCUUACGCCCUCAACAACAGUGGUACCCAGCAGCCUCAGUCGUCGUCCACUCGUGAUGCCACCAUGGUUCCUUUACCUCCUGCAAGUGUGCUGUCUUACCGGUACCAAGAGGUCCUUAAUUGCCUUCACGACGCCAUUAACGAGAUGCAACAAGUUUCAAUGAAUUUGAAGUCACUGGCCACUGACCAUCUUGUUAGUCAACCUGAUUCCGGUGAAGAAUUGCUAGUGAACCAAUUAAUGUGGCGUGUACAUGAGCUUGCGCAAUCACUUGAUAAAGCAUCAAUUCGUUAUCAACUUGUGCACGACAAUUCUUCGCCACCCUUGUCGGAGUAUUGCUACAACGAUGAUUCAGAUUCAGACCAUGAACCUGACUUGAUGAGGCAUUGGUCACUGGAAGAUGUUAGCUGGGAAGAGAUUCUGGAUCGUCAAAUGAAGUAGAUUUUCGGGGUUAGUGUUUAGGCACUACAUGAUGAAGUAUGUGUUGGGUUAUGAUCAAGUAUUUGUGUGCUAUGAUGAAUUAUGUAUGUGUGUGGCUAGACAUUAACUUAGUCUGUUGUUAUGUAAGGCCUUGGCAGACCUGAGCCAUCUAUGUAUAACUUUGUUGCUGUUAUCUAUGGAAGACUAUGGUAUCCUA